AUGGUACACCUUGUGGCUGUACCAGAGACAAUCACGGCAAGUGGCUGUGCUUGUGUCUUUAUUGACACCAUCUUCCGACUUCAUGGGUUGCCCCGUGAACUCGUAUCAGACAGAGAUCCCCGAUUCACUGCUGAUUUCUGGCGUUCCGUGUUCAAAUCACUCGGAACGCGCUUGAAGAUGUCAACAUCUGAUCAUCCAGAGUCAGAUGGUCAGACGGAACGUGCCAAUCGUGUCCUUGAAGAGAUACUUCGAGGAUACGUACACUCCUUUAAGAGUUGGAGUGAGUUUUUGCCGAUGGUAGAGUUUGCCAUCAACAACUCGGUGCAUGCGUCCACGACACAUACACCGUUUUACGUGAAUGGCUUGCGCCAUCCGCGUGUACCCACCUUACUAGAGUGUAACUCUGGUUUAAGGGGGGAGGGACUCGCGCGAGCAAAAACCGAUUUGGUUCACGCUCAUCACGCUCUGACGAAGAAGUCAUUGCAGUUUGAUGCCGAUAUCGAUAACAUCGAUAUCGAAGAAGAUGAUGCCAGUGAGAGUGCGGAAGCCCUCACUGAAGACAAUGAUCCCAGUGAGAGUGCGGAAGCCCUCACUGAAGAAAAGGUUGUUGUCGCUGCAGUGCGCUCACAGCACACUGAAGCUAACGAGUCAUCAGAUGAGUUCAUACUGGCUCGUGAAACGGUAGUCCGUUUUGUGCAAGACUCCAUCGCCGAAGCGGUGGAUAAGCAAAAGCAAAACGCUGACAAGAAUGGAAGGGCAAACACUCUUUUAUUUAAUAAAAGGUGA